UACGGCGACGACGGCGACCAACCGAUGUACGCGGACGAGGCGCCCAGUGAACGACGUCUGUCGGCCGAGAGCAUUGACAGUCUGCCGGAGGAGGAGGCAAAGGGCUAUCGCACGGAUAUUGCGAACUUUGUGGGAAAUAUUAUUAACCCCAAAAAUGUUGAUCCGGACAACACUGCCGAUCAGAAAUUCAGAGGUUACAUCACUACCGAGAACCUCAAGGAGGUUCCUGGGAAUGUUCUCCGUCGCCUCGUCAAGUACAGUGGACUGGUCUUGGAGCAGUGCAACGGCAGCGAUGACUUCACCCCAGCCAGUAGCCUCUUGAAUUCGGCAUUUCGCCUCUUUCAACAAGAGGUGGCUCCGAACGGCCGGGUGACUCAGACCUUCAUGUACGCGGGUCUUCGGGAUCAACAGAUCUGGCAGUCCACACGCUUCUGGAAUGCCGCUGUUUUCAUUGCCCUACAACAGGAGCGGUCUGCUCAAGCCUCGGCACUGACUGGUACCGAAAAUGAUCUGGAGUUGGAGAGGGAGCUUUUCGACGGUCUUGCAUUCAGCCAGUUAAGCAAAUUCGCCUGGCGCAUCUACUCCCUUGGGGUAAACAAAGAGGCCUGUUUGGAUUUCCUCCGAAGACAAGCCGAGGAUGCCACAUUGUCUAAAGGUACACUCAUUUGA